CUCCUAAAGAGCAUCAUGCUUUCAUUUCAAUACUAGAGUCAUUUCAGGUCAAUGUCGAAUGUAAACCACCGCAAGAUGUUAAGCGUUUUUGAUCCACAUCUUAAUUUUGUUUCUCCCAUUUCCUGAGAAACUUCACGCCCCUCCCACACAGUUCCUGAUGGUCUCAAGGGGAGUGGCCAAACAAAGGACAGAGAGGACUCUACAAUGGGAGACACCUUCCAUGACCAACUACUGGAGGACAGCCGGUUCCUCAAAUCCGACAGGAGGCUGGACACAGAACUGGUGGACAAACUCAUCCUUCAGCUCAACAGGAUCUACCCGCAGAUUCUCUCAGACAAGGAGGCCACCAAAUUCAGGGACCUGGACGUUCCCACCUGCAUCCGUCUGUCAGAACUGCUCAACCACCUGCAGGGGAGAGGAGAGGAGGCCUGUCGGGAGUUCUACAGGGCGCUUCACCUGCAUGUGGAGGAGGUGUACUACAGCCUGCCCACACGCCUCCGCCUCAGAGAUGACCCCUUCAGUGUUCCACUCGUAAAGUCCAAUCAGAGAUAUGCGCUAAAUGACAAAGGUCCUCUGUUCUUCCUGGGUUGUUUCAGCGUUGCCAUGGGGAUGGCCAUGUCGUAUUACUACGGAGAGUCCAGAGUGACUGGCGGCAGUCGGGCCCUGGGCUUGGUGGCUCUGGGGCUGGGGAGAACGGCCAGAGAGGUGCUCAUAUGGUACUCCGAGGACAACAUCAGCAUGUAAUGGUGCUUUGUGGCCAACAUCCCUCUUCCACUUCACCACCUCGAUGCAGAAGCGUAGGAUUGGUGUGAGUGAGGCACAUCACAAGGGUCUAUGUCCAAUCCUGUAUGCUUUGAAUCACUUCUGGGGAGUCGGGACAGGACACAGGGAUGAGGGUGGGCAGUUGGGACAGGGCACAGGGAUGAGGGUGG